UUCCAGCUCGCAUUGUUUGCUCAGGAUGGGGGGCCCAUUCACCUCCUUCCGGGCUAUUUUCCCGUUUUCUAAACUCCUUUCAAUUAAGCCGACCCCCUCGCAUGUCUAGACGUUCCGAUUCCUGGAUAAUUGUGUCAAUUCCCCCACAAUACCUGCAGGAUGCUUUACAACCGGCAAAAGUCUUCGGCCUGGUAACAUAGCUCUCCUUGCAAACCCCGCACGAUGCGGGAAAAGUAGUGAAGAAGAAGAAGCGGACAGCUACAUAAAGUCAACCCCAUGGUGGAGCAUACGUCGCAACAUAGUGGGCUCUUUCCCUCUCCGUGUAGAACUAACAGAGCUUUUCUGACAUUAUGAGGCUUCUUGUCUUGCUGGCCAUUAUCUCCCAGGUCGCUAGCGCAUUGCCCAGCUCUGCAGAUGGCGCUUCAGCUCCCACUGUGGACCUUGGAUACUCCAAGUACCAAGGCACUCGUCUAGCGGGAGGAGUAGAUCAAUUCCUGGGUAUGCGCUAUGCAACUCCACCCCUCGGAGAUCUUAGGUUCCGAGCGCCCCAGGAUCCCGUGAAAAACGACACAUUACAGGCUGCCACGGAGUAUGGGCCACUUUGCAUUGGCGUCGAUCAAGUCAACUCCCCCGCUAACUGGACGGAGGAUUGCCUCUUCAUCAACGUUUUCAAGCCUUCAACAGCUACGCCACAAUCGAGGUUGCCGGUGUGGUUCUUUAUACAGGGCGGAGGAUACGCAGAGAACUCCAAUGCCAAUUACAAUGGCACAGCCGUGGUAAAAGAGUCUGGUCACGAGCUCGUGUUCGUCACGCUCAAUUAUCGCGUCGGAGCGUUGGGCUUCCUGGCUGGUGAGGAAGUGCGGAAGAACGGCGACUUGAAUGUUGGGUUGUUGGACCAACGCAAGGCUAUGCAUUGGAUUCAACAGCAUAUUGCAUCAUUUGGCGGAAAUCCAGACCACAUCGUCAUUCACGGUGUCUCCGCGGGCGCAGGAUCCGUGGCUUUCCACCUCACGGCGUUUGGAGGAAAGGAUGAGAAGCUAUUUGUGGGCGCGGUCGCUGAAUCGUCGUUCUGGCCCACUCAGCGCACGGUCGCGGAGAUGGAAUUCCAGUACGAGCGGUUUGUCAACGACACCGGCUGUUCCAAGGCAACAAAUUCUCUCCAAUGUCUCCGGGAACUCGACAUCGCAACCAUUCAAGGUGCCAAUACAGCUUCUCCCUUCCCAGGAGGCAGCAGUAGCCCACUUCCCGACUGGUACUGGCUACCAGUAACUGAUGGAAACUUGGUACCGGAGCUUCUGUACGAUGCCUUCAAGAAGGGCAACUUCAUCAAGGUGCCGGUCCUAGUGGGUGACGACACGGACGAAGGCUCGAAUUUUGCCUACAACGCCAGCACUCGCUCGGAUGUGUCGCAAUUCUUCAAGAACAACUACCCUCAUUUGACUGCAGCACAGCUAGACAAAAUCCUGGAGGCGUAUCCGCAGACAAGCCCUUUACCCAAACAUGGAGCCUGGUUCCGAACCUCGUCCGAUGCUUACGGUGAUGCAUGUUUCACGUGUCCCGGUAACCAUUUGACCGCAUCCGUUGCGAAGCACCUCCCGCACUCGACGUGGAACUACCGAGUCAAUAUUCUCGAUCAAUCAAACCUCGCUGGUGGCAUCGGUGUUCCGCAUACCUUUGAGCUACCAGCCAUAUUUGGUGCGGGCAGCACCGGGGCGCUCAGGAGCACGUCGUCGUAUCUCAGCUACAAUGCUGGGAUUAUCCCAGUGACCAUGCACUACUUUAUCAGUUUUGCCAUGAAGCUCGAUCCGAACCCUCUCCGCUAUAACGGUGCGCCGGAGUGGAACACCUGGGGUAAAGGGUCGCGAUUGCGGUUGCAGACGAAUAGCACUGCGAUGGAGGUGGUGCCUGCGUUGUCGGUGCAGCGUUGUCAGUUGUGGGAGGAUUUGAGUGGCACAACCGAGGUCUGACUGAGAUGAUGCCUAGAGACUUCGUUGUCAUAGAUGACUGUAGAACAUCUCUGCGCUUGUUCUUCAAUGC